AUGCCGGGAUGGCUCAUCGAGCUCCUGACAGGUAAUGAAAAGGAGCUUUUUGGCGCGUUGGACGGUGCAGCUCCCUCGUGCAGUCAAGACUCGGGAUCUUUAACCCCAAUCACAGCCAUCUGCAACGCCCCAAGAGCUCUUGGAAGCUUCCCGAGCUUGCAAGCCGCAAAAGAGAAGAUUGCUAAGUUUCUAAAAGAGAAGCUCCCCAACGAUGAAAGUUGUUUUUGCGGGAUGGACAGAAAGACUCCUAACGAUUGGCACAUUCUCAAGUACAAGACGAACGGCAUACGCACGUGCCUCAACGUAUAUUUGCACGAUGCUAUGGACAGCAAGUCGAAAGAGGAGCAGAAGGCCAGAGUUAAGAUCUUGGCGGAUAUCACCGUAGCCGUUCUCAACACCUACUGCGGCGUGGUUGUUGGGGUGUCCAAACCGAUCUACAUCGAGACGCUCUUCCGUCGGAGUAUCGACGGCGGGUUAAAGCCAAAGAGCACCAUUCUCAGGACUGGAGCCGACUUUGCUUUGCGUUGCGAGUGCCUCUCUCUACAGCACCUGCCGGCAAAGACCGCCGGGCAAUUCUGGCGCCAAUCUCCCCAUCGGAAGAUCUACGACUCAAUCGUUUUUGACCCAAACCUGCAUGGACGAGAAACAAAGGACUACAAUCUCUACCACGGGCUCUGUUUUGACCCGAGCGAAGUUGCUCUGCUCGAUGCAGAUGGCAUGCGCGACUGCGAGGCUCGCUUGCCUCGGCUAUUCUGGCACAUCCGGCACAUCUUGGCAAACGGGGACAGUGCAUGCUCGGAUUACGUUCUCAGCUGGCUUGCUCAUCAAGUGCAGCGGCCAGGAAAGAAGAUUGGAGUGGCCCUCGUCUUCAAAUCGAAACAAGGCGCCGGGAAAGGCAUGAUUUGGGACUUCGUGGGUUUCAAGCUCCUUGGCGAGGCCCUCUAUCUCUACUGCAAUGAUCUAGACAAGGUGAUUGGUAAAUUCAACUCCAUCUCUGCCAACAAGCUUCUUACCGUCUUCGAUGAAGUGUCGAGCUGGGGAGGGGCGUACAAGAGCAACAACCGAUUGAAGAGCCACAUCACGCAAGAGAAUAACAUGCUCGAGAAGAAAGGAAUAGACCCCAUCCAAGUCAAGGACUUUUGCAACUCGGUCUUCACGACAAACGAAGAGUGGCCAAUCAAGCGCGAGGUCGAUGAUAGAAGGUACGCGGCAAUCGAAGCAUCCAACCAGAUGCUGGGGAACACCGAGUACUUCACUCGUUUAUCGGAAGAGCUCGAAAAGCCGGAAAUGGCCAAGCUCUUCUUCCAGUACCUUCUAUCCUUAGAUAUUUCCAAGUGGAAUGCAAAGUUGGUGCCUCAGACAGCGUGGGGAGAAGCCUUGAGAGCACACUCAAUCCCUGCUUAUGCGGCGAUGGUGCAAGCUCUCCUCGAGAACGGUUGCUUUCAUCCAACGAAAGAGACUUGGGCCGCCAGCGAAGACAUUUCGGCCACCUACGAGACGUUUCUCUACGACAACAACAUCCAGUCGCCGGAAGCUAAACUUUCGAGAACGGCGCUCUGUGGGGCUUUGCACAAGAUCUUCAAGCUGCGUUCGGGUACUCGAAACCUGAGCAGACCAAACAACGAUGCGUUCAAUCAAGAUGCAAAAACGAUCCGAGGAUGGUGGUUCAUGCCCGAAGGCGAGAUGUGCAACCUCUUACGGAGCGAGAAGGUCUUCCAAGAGGGGACAGCACACCUCUGGAAGGAGAUCAAAUGGGAGAGGCCUUUGGGACAUGCCAACGACAAAGAUCGUCCCUGGAUGACGAGCCCUGAUUCAUCGCUGAAGCCUGAAGGUGAAAUAAAGGAGCAUCGCAAAUGUCUGGGUUGCGGGUUUGAGCAUAUUGGCGUGAAGGUCGAGCCAGACUCAACCUCUACGCUCCAAAAGAAGCCCCUUUAG